AUGGCCGACCGCCCUCUUCCGCCUAUUCCCAAAAUUGAUGAUCCAAUCUUGUUCCUAGACGUCUAUACCCACAAAUCUAUCAGAGAAACCAAAAAUCAAGACUAUGGCGAUACUCAGCGCCUCUCGAUCUUGGGCGGAAAGGUGUUCAAUUUCACUGUCGCGAACGUCCUAUUCUUCGAGCGGCCAAUGAUUCCAGCCGACGAAAUGACUGAAAAGUUGAGGGACUUGACUUCAGAUACACAAAUCCAGGCUUGGGUCGACAGUUAUAAACUGAAGGACCGACUACUCUACACCCAAGAAUUCGCGGAACGCAUCAACGAAGCGGAUGAAACCCGAUUUUUCUUCUACUCGUACAUUGGUGCGGUGUACAUGCGUAGUGGAGUCACGCCCAUCCAAAACUGGAUCACUCGUCUUAUCAAUCCAGACGCUGAACCUGUUCCGCUAUUCAAUCCCCCUUCCCCGACGCGCCAACUGGGGGGUGCCAGCACCAGCCGGUCCCCCCCGCCCCCAGGCACGGUCCCACCUCCACUUCCUCAGACGACGCCCACCGGGGCACCGACAUCCCUCGGAAUCUUGGCCCGUCUCAACCAAACUGCCUCCCAGAGGAAUUUGCAGGUGACAUACCCAGCUGAACGUUGCGGUGAACCGCACAGUCCUCAGUGGACUGUGCAAUGUGUAGUCAAUGGCGAGACUAUGGGCUCCGGAAUUGGAAAGAGUCAGAAAAUUGCGAAGGAGGUCGCCGCUCAAGAGGCCUGGGCGGCUCUCGGAUGGUCGUAA